AUGGACCCCGUGGGGGCAGACCCCUCGGCGCCCCCGGGCCCUUUGACUCACCUGAGCCUGCCGGACAGCUCAGAGGCGCGGCCGCAGAGCGGAGCCGACGGGCGGAGCCUCCCGGGCAGUUGGACCAGGUCAGCCUCGGAGCCCAGCGCGGUCCUGAGGGAAGGCGUGCGCCGCUGCCUGCAGCAGCAGUGCGAGCAGACGGUUCGGAUCCUGCAUGCCAAGGUGGCCCAGAAAUCAUACGGAAAUGAGAAGAGGUUCUUCUGCCCGCCGCCCUGUGUCUACCUCGCAGGUCCCGGUUGGAGGGUGAAGCCAGUGCCGGGCCAAGCCCACCAGUCCGGGGAGACUGGGCCCCUGGUCUGCGGUUACAUGGGACUAGACGGCGCGUCCGGCAGCGCCGCCGAGACGCAGAAGUUGAAUUUCGAAGAACAGCCGGACUCCAGGGAAUUCAGUUGCGCCAAGACUCUGUACAUCUCGGACGCAGACAAGAGGAAGCACUUCCGACUGGUGUUGCGGCUCAUGCUCCGGGGCGGUCGGGAGCUGGGCACCUUCCACAGCCGCCUCAUCAAGGUCAUCUCCAAGCCCUCGCAGAAGAAACAGUCGCUGAAAAACACCGACCUGUGCAUAUCCUCGGGCUCGAAGGUCUCCCUCUUCAACCGCCUGCGCUCCCAGACAGUCUCCACGCGCUACCUCUCCGUGGAGGACGGGGAUUUUGUGGCCAGUGCACGCCAAUGGGCUGCCUUCACUCUCCACCUGGCUGAUGAACACUGUUCCCAGGGGGACUUCCCGCCUCGAGAGGGCUACGUCCGCUACGGCUCCCUGGUGCAGCUCGUCUGCACGGUCACGGGCAUCACCCUACCUCCGAUGAUCAUCCGCAAAGUAGCCAAACAGUGUGCCCUCCUCGACGUGGAUGAGCCCAUCUCCCAACUCCACAAGUGUGCAUUCCAGUUUACCGGUGAUCAUCCAGGAGGAGGUGGCACCUACUUAUGUCUCGCUACAGAGAAGGUGGUGCAGUUUCAGGCCUCCCCCUGCCCCAAGGAGGCCAACAGAGCGCUGCUCAACGACAACUCUUGCUGGACCAUCAUCGGCACCGAGUCGGUGGAAUUCUCCUUCAGCACCAGCCUGGCGUGUACCCGGGAGCCGGUCACUCCAGUGCCGCUCAUCAGCACCCUCGAGCUGAGUGGCGGGGGCGACGUGGCCACCCUGGAGCUCCACGGUGAGAACUUCCACGCGGGGCUCAAGGUGUGGUUCGGGGACGUGGAGGCCGAAACCAUGUACAGCCCGCGGUCCCUGGUUUGUGUGGUACCCGACGUAGCCGUCUUCGGCAGCGACUGGCGCUGGCUGCGCACACCCAUCACAGUGCCCGUGAGCCUCGUGCGCACCGACGGCCUUUUCUACCCCAGCGCCUUCUCCUUCACCUACACGCCGGAGUACAGCGCGCGGCCGGGGGCCCUGGGCGCCCCCGGUGCCACAGCGGCGCCCGCCGCUGACGCCGACGCGCUCCUGGAGAGCAUCCAUCACGAGUUCACGCGCACCAACUUCCACCUCUUCAUCCAGACGUAG